GCAGGAAGCUCAGAGGCAUUUCUGCACCGAAACGCUGAAUCGUUCAGAUUCAGGCUCAGGAUUUAACACAACAGAGACAGUAAACAACCAGUGAUGGGGCUGCUGAACGUCGUUCUCCUCGUUGUUCUUCUCACGACGACGAUGGACGCGAAACCAAUUCGCCACAGGCAAGACGCCGACAUCCCGGACAAGAACCAGCCGCAGCGAUACCUGGCGGAGCUUUCCGAAGACUCCGAGGAAUCCUCCGAGGAGUCUUCGGAGGAGGAGGGCGAGGAAGAGGAGGAAGAAGAAGAAGAAGAAGUAGAAGAAGAAGUUGUGGACGUGACGCCCGCCGUCACCGUCCCGCCGUUGCUGGUCGUGACCACGGAUUCGCUGACGUUCACCUCGGGAGACGGCAGCACGCUGGCGCCGGAGCCGGACACGGCCAACACGGCCGGGCCGGUCAUCAUGGUCCGGGAGACGACGCCGGAGCCCGCGACCGGCGUGACCGCUGACGUCACCACCCCGGACGUGCUUCCGACGUCACUGAGAGCUACGGAAAUGAGGGGAGAUAUCUGAAGCUCAGGGGAGCUCAAAGUGUGGGGCGCGGGCCACUCAUGGCCCCUGCAAUGAUUCUGUGUGGCCCCUGAAUUUAGUUCAAGAUUGAUACAAGUUUGGAUUCUAUUUUUAUUUAGGACAAAAUGAAAUAUUGUGACUAUGUCGGCGUAUUGGGACCACUAUAAUAAUAAUAAUAAAAGAAAAUAAGGACUUAUAAAACCGUACUAUAAUAAAGUCGUAGUUUUACAAGAAUAAAUUCAUUUUAUUGUAAAUUUAUUUUUAUUAUUUUGACUUUAUUUUAAAAAAAAUAUGACUUUGUUCUAUUAUUGUGACUUUAUUCACAAAAUGUUUUGACUUCAUUCUCGUGAUUUUAUUAUUUUGUUCCCACAAUUAAAUUUAAAAAUGUUUUUCUUAGUAUGGUCGUAAAUCUCUGACUUAUCUUGCAACAGAAAAUAUUGACUAAGACACAAAUGUUUGUGGUUAAAUAACCUUUUGCAUUUUGACUUUUACCCAAAUCUAUUUUAUUCAUUUAAUAAUUUUAAAAGUGACUUAAAUCCUGAUUUUUAUUGAAUUGUUCUAUUUUUUUUCUUUCUUGACACAGAAAAUGAGCAAAAUUGCUUUUAUUAAGGCAAACCUACAGAGCACUUUUUAAGUUUAGCAUUAAAACCAACAACAAAUUUGUUUAAAGUUUUACAUGUUUGCUGUGUUUUAGUAGGUAAAAUGUAAUUUCUCCCAUUAAAAUAAUGCAUUGGAAAUAAAUAGCAUUUUAUGUCCAAUCCUUCCUAUAUGGAAUCAAAAUAUAUGUUUUUUACACACAUAUAUAAUGUUUAUAUGUGUCCUUGAUCCUGUUUUUAAUGUUCUUUAGACUUGCGGUGUUUUUCCGUCAAGCAGCUUUUUUUUAUUUUUCUAUGAAUUACUUUUAUGUUAAGCAACAAACAAAUCUAUGUUUGCAUGUCAAUCUUUUCCGGAUUGUAAUUUUUAACCCUGUUGGAAGUGAAUAAAGGUUUCUGUUAAAGAUUU